AUGUUUCAAUCGUUGGGUCGUUUGUUCGUCUUUUGUUUUAAAUAUGUUUCCAGUUGUUUUCAAUUGUUCGCUACAUUCGGAUGUUCAGCACAUCAUCAUCAAGAUUAUCAACAACAUAAUAACAAUAAUCAGAGCAGUCGAUCUCUGACUACAAAUAAUAGUCAACAACAACAACAACAACAAAAUCCAAAUACUGUUAACACCCAUAAUCUUGGCACGAAUAAUAGUGUUAUCAACAGCAAUGGAAAAGUGAUCCAUCGAAAUAAAAAUGGUCAUCUAAUGAACGGAUCAUUGACUAAUGGAUAUCAACAAUAUUAUACCGCAACGUCUUCAAUUAACAAAAGAUCAAAGUCUUUUCAAAAUGCACACACUGCCAUCAUUAACAACAACAAUAAUAAUUAUCACAAAUCAGUUGUUCGGCCCAUAAACCAGAAGCAAUUCAACGAACCAAUCCGUCCGACAAUACCAUUCCAUAUGCUCGUCUCAAAUUACAUUUGUCAUGGUACAUUAAUGUUAUUUGGUUAUAUGAACGAUUUUCUUCGAAAAAUCGGCUGGAUCGAAUCAUUUGAACGUGUGGAAAAAAAUCGCGAAGGUUAUACCCAAUUAUACAACACAUUUAAUCCAUUCUACAUCCGAAAUAUUAUUUUACGGUUGAUUAAUAUGUGGUCACAUCCUAUUUGUUCGGCACCCGGUGGCUAUACAGAAAUCUUAGAACGUGAAUUUGGACCAUAUAAUGCAACUUGGAAAUACACUGGACGUAAAAUAAAAGCCAUAAAUAUGGGAUCAUAUGAUUAUCUGGGACAUUCAGAGAAUAAAGGGCCACGAAUCGAUUCGGUCAUUGAAACUAUAAAUAAUGUUGGUGUCAGCGUUUCUUCGACGCCAAAUGAAUUCGGUACUACACAAAUAUAUCGUGAACUAGAGACAAAGGUGGCCAAAUAUCUGGGUGUGGAAGAUAGUGUUGUGAUUGGCAUGGGUUUUGCUACUAAUUCAUUAUCGUUACCGUGUUUAUUUGGUCCCGGAUCGUUAGUGAUUAGCGAUGAAUGUAAUCAUGCUUCAUUAGCGCUUGGGUGUAAAAUUUCGGGAGCCAAAGUUUGUGUUUUCAAACACAAUAAUAUGAACCAUUUGGAAAAGAUAAUUACUGAAUCUUUGUUAAAAGGACAACCUAAUGGUGAACAAUGGCGAAAGAUUGUCAUCUUGAUUGAAGGUAUCUAUUCGAUGGAAGGUACAAUCGUCAAUUUACCCGAAAUAAUACGCAUAAAGAAGAAAUAUCGGGCCUAUGUAUAUAUGGAUGAAGCCCAUAGCAUUGGCGCCAUGGGAUCUCGAGGCAGAGGUAUCUGUGAUUAUUACGGUUGUGAUCCACGUGAUAUCGAUAUACUGAUGGGAACAUUUACCAAAAGUUUCGCUGCUGCCGGUGGUUACAUUGCCGGUGAUAAACGAAUCAUUAAUUACAUACGCACCAAUUCGGCUUCUUUUUUUUAUGGCACCACAAUGGCCCCCCCUAUUUGUCAACAAAUAUCAUCGAUUCUUGAUGAUUUUCUUUCUUUAAAUACCGAUAGUAACAUCAAGUCACCUAUACAGUGCCGAAUAUUUCAGCUAAGAAAGAAUGUCUUCCGUUUUAGGCAAAAACUAAAACAAUUAGGAUUUCAUAUUGAUGGAAAUAAUGAUUCUCCAGUCGUACCAUUGAUGGUAUACACUCCUUCUCAUCUUAAAUGUUUAAUAUCUAAAUUGUUAGAAAAAGGUGUGGCCAGUACUGGAGCAGCAUUCCCAGUCACUAGUUUAACUGGUCCUCGUGCCAGAUUUUGCCUUUCUGCUAGCCAUACUGAUCAAAUGAUCGAUUAUGCAUUAAAAUGUUUGGAUGAGAUUGGCACCGAAAUCGGCAUCAAAUUUGAUGGUAACAAAAAUUUAAAACCAUCACCUUCUCAUAAAUGUUCGAUUAAAUGUCAACAUCAACCUGAAUACUUUAAUGGUAAUGGUAUUGCUGUUUUUUAAAGAAUCAUUGUUCGUAUAUCUCAUAGAAUCAAACGCUGGUUUAAAGCCAUUUCAAAUGUCCGUUGAGGGAUAACGAAUACCAAAUGAAUUUGAUC